AUGUUUCGAGGACGCGCGCGCGCGCUGACGGCGCGCGUCGAGCGCGCGAUCGCGGCGAUCGCGACGCCGGCGACGACGUCGCGGAGCGGCGGCGCGCGCGAGGCGACGCGGAGGCUCGCGUCGACGACGGCGCGCGAGGACGACGGGGGGCGGGACGACGACUGGCUCGCGGCGAGGAAACGGUGGAAGGCGGAGGUGAACGAGAUGCGCAAAGCGUGGAGACGCGAGUUCGACGAGAAGAGCGCGGAGAAGGCGAAAGCGGAGGAAGUCGCGCGCGCGGAGGUGGCGGAAGCGAAGGCGGAGCGAUUGGCGGAGAAGGCGCGAGCGCGCGCGGCGAGGGCGGGCGCGAGCGCGAGGACGCUGGAGGAACUGAAGCGCGAGAAGGAUAGGAAGAUGCGCGUGAUAGCGGGACGGAGAUAUCAGCGCGCGCACGCGAUGUCGCUCAGACGGCAAGCGCGCGAGGUUGAUCUGUUGAAGCAGUCGAGGGAUUGGAUAGACACGCCCGAGGCGUUGGAGGCGAGCAUCGAACGCGCGAUGGCGCACCCGGAGCGAUUGUUCAAGUGA